AUGGCUCAGGUUCAUAUAUACAACCAAAAUAUGUCCACUCUCAUGGAAAACGUCAUUGCCAUAACUGAACUUUUUCAUCAAUAUUCAACAAAAGACAACAAGACCGAAACACUAAGCAAAGAAGAGCUGAAGGAGCUAUUGGAAAAGGAAUUUCGAGCAAUCCUAAGGAACCCAGAUGACCCAGACACUGCUGAUGUCUUCAUGCAAAUUCUAGACGUAGACCACGAUGACCAAAUAGAUUUCACAGAAUUUUUGCUGAUGGUAUUGAAGUUGGCUCAAGCAUAUUAUGACUCCACAAAGAAGGGGAAAAUCCAAACAUCAGGACUAAAGCACAAAAGACAUGCUCAUCAUAAGGAAGAUGCAGCAGAAGAGACAGAAGAAGAAGGAGGAAGAAGGAGAAGACCUGCAAGUCAAUCUGAAAGCGAUGAUGGAAAGGUGAAAAGGAAACACUCAAGAAGUCCAUCAGGGAAAAGAAGACGUAACACAGGUUCAGAAACACGAACAGACAGAAGCCAAUCAAAAUCAAAGAAAGGAAAGGGUGAGCAUCAUAGAAAUCAACAUGAUUCAAAGAAACAGAAAAAGAGAGGAUCUCAUUCUCUUGAUAGAAAACAAAAUAAGAACAGGAAGAAUAGACAUGAAAGUGAUGGAAUUGAAAGCGACAAUGAAAGGUGGGAAGAAACGUACUGGUCGAACGCAAUCUAUACAGAGGAGGAAGACGAACAAACAGUUUCCAGAGGGGCAAGCGCACCCAGGUCAGGCCGGGAGCAGUCCAGAGACAGUGCCCGGCGCCCCGCCUCUCGCCACGGAGAGGCCUCCGCUGACAGACAGCCUGGGUCCAGCCAGCGGCAGCCAAGGGAAAGCUCCAGGAGACCAGGAGAAUCCCGCCACCCUGAACCAUCAGCAGACCGUGCCAGACACCCACAGGCUCAUCAUGAGCAGUCCCCACCCCGCCCCCACCGACACCACGAGCCAAGCUUGAGCCAGGACAGCGAGAGCGAGGCCCAGUCAGAAGAUUCCGCCAGACCACCCUCUCCACCCCAGGCCAGGUCCGCACACAGCCCCAGGGAACAACCCAGACGGGCCUCUGGCCAGAGCCCAGACCGUGCCAGGCACUCAGGGUCCCAGCACAGACAGCCGGCCGGGCAUGAGCAUCAGGAAGACCCUCGGGGACAGCCCGGAUCCGGCAGGAGACAACACCAGGGCAGCCGGCCCAGGGAGGAAGCAGACAGCCCCAGGCAGGCCGGUGCUGGACACAGACACAGCGUCCCAGAGCCCAGGCAGCCCAGGCGUCGGGCACCCAGCGAGAGUCAGGCCAGUGACAGCGAGGGACACUCAGAAGGACCCUCCCAGGGUCGCCACCAGCAGGACCCCCACGCCCAGUCCGAAGAGAGGCCAGGACACUCCGGCGCCUACGUGUACCACACUUACUACGAUGAGCACAGCGACUCGGCCCCCAGACAGCGCCGCUCGGGCGCUCCAGCAGCCCAGGAAUCUCACCGAGAGCAGGCCAGGGACAGCUCCAGACCACGGGCCUCACAGGAAAGUCACAGCUCCGCUGGCAGACAGGCCGAGUCCUCCGGAAGGAGGUCCCGGCAGGCCGCUCAGGCAGGUCACGCGUCCCACCACGAGCAGGCCCAGGACAGCGAGGGUCCCUCAGGGUCCCGCCAACACCACGAUGGCCGCCAGGCACGCUCCGAAUCCGCUCAGGGUCACUCAGGAUCCAGAGGGGCAAGCGCACCCAGGUCAGGCCGGGAGCAGUCCAGAGACAGUGCCCGGCGCCCCGCCUCUCGCCACGGAGAGGCCUCCGCUGACAGACAGCCUGGCUCCAGCCAGCGGCAGCCAAGGGAAAGCUCCAGGAGACCAGGAGAAUCCCGCCACCCUGAACCAUCAGCAGACCGUGCCAGACACCCACAGGCUCAUCAUGAGCAGUCCCCACCCCGCCCCCACCGACACCACGAGCCAAGCUUGAGCCAGGACAGCGAGAGCGAGGCCCAGUCAGAAGAUUCCGCCAGACCACCCUCUCCACCCCAGGCCAGGUCCGCACACAGCCCCAGGGAACAACCCAGACGGGCCUCUGGCCAGAGCCCAGACCGUGCAAGGCACUCAGGGUCCCAGCACAGACAGCCGGCCGGGCAUGAGCAUCAGGAAGACCCUCGGGGACAGCCCGGAUCCGGCAGGAGACAACACCAGGGCAGCCGGCCCAGGGAGGAAGCAGACAGCCCCAGGCAGGCCGGUGCUGGACACAGACACAGCGCCCCAGAGCCCAGGCAGCCCAGGCGUCGGGCACCCAGCGAGAAUCAGGCCAGUGACAGCGAGGGACACUCAGAAGGACCCUCCCAGGGUCGCCACCAGCAGGACCCCCACGCCCAGUCCGAAGAGAGGCCAGGACACUCCGGCGCCUACGUGUACCACACUUACUACGAUGAGCACAGCGACUCGGCCCCCAGACAGCGCCGCUCGGGCGCUCCAGCAGCCCAGGAAUCUCACCGAGAGCAGGCCAGGGACAGCUCCAGACCACGGGCCUCACAGGAAAGUCACAGCUCCGCUGGCAGACAGGCCGAGUCCUCCGGAAGGAGGUCCCGGCAGGCCGCUCAGGCAGGUCACGCGUCGCACCACGAGCAGGCCCAGGACAGCGAGGGUCCCUCAGGGUCCCGCCAACACCACGAUGGCCGCCAGGCACGCUCCGAAUCCGCUCAGGGUCACUCAGGAUCCAGAGGGGCAAGCGCACCCAGGUCAGGCCGGGAGCAGUCCAGAGACAGUGCCCGGCGCCCCGCCUCUCGCCACGGAGAGGCCUCCGCUGACAGACAGCCUGGCUCCAGCCAGCGGCAGCCAAGGGAAAGCUCCAGGAGACCAGGAGAAUCCCGCCACCCUGAACCAUCAGCAGACCGUGCCAGACACCCACAGGCUCAUCAUGAGCAGUCCCCACCCCGCCCCCACCGACACCACGAGCCAAGCUUGAGCCAGGACAGCGAGAGCGAGGCCCAGUCAGAAGAUUCCGCCAGACCACCCUCUCCACCCCAGGCCAGGUCCGCACACAGCCCCAGGGAACAACCCAGACGGGCCUCUGGCCAGAGCCCAGACCAUGCCAGGCACUCAGGGUCCCAGCACAGACAGCCGGCCGGGCAUGAGCAUCAGGAAGACCCUCGGGGACAGCCCGGAUCCGGCAGGAGACAACACCAGGGCAGCCGGCCCAGGGAGGAAGCAGACAGCCCCAGGCAGGCCGGUGCUGGACACAGACACAGCGCCCCAGAGCCCAGGCAGCCCAGGCGUCGGGCACCCAGCGAGAGUCAGGCCAGUGACAGCGAGGGACACUCAGAAGGACCCUCCCAGGGUCGCCACCAGCAGGGCCCCCACGCCCAGUCCGAAGAGAGGCCAGGACACUCCGGCGCCUACGUGUACCACACUUACUACGAUGAGCACAGCGACUCGGCCCCCAGGCAGCGCCGAUCGGGCGCACCAGCAGCCCAGGAAUCUCACCGAGAGCAGGCCAGGGACAGCUCCAGACCACGGGCCUCACAGGAAAGUCACAGCUCCGCUGGCAGACAGGCCGAGUCCUCCGGAAGGAGGUCCCGGCAGGCCGCUCAGGCAGGUCACGCGUCCCACCACGAGCAGGCCCAGGACAGCGAGGGUCCCUCAGGGUCCCGCCAACACCACGAUGGCCGCCAGGCACGCUCCGAAUCCGCUCAGGGUCACUCAGGAUCCAGAGGGGCAAGCGCACCCAGGUCAGGCCGGGAGCAGUCCAGAGACAGUGCCCGGCGCCCCGCCUCUCGCCACGGAGAGGCCUCCGCUGACAGACAGCCUGGCUCCAGCCAGCGGCAGCCAAGGGAAAGCUCCAGGAGACCAGGAGAAUCCCGCCACCCUGAACCAUCAGCAGACCGUGCCAGACACCCACAGGCUCAUCAUGAGCAGUCCCCACCCCGCCCCCACCGACACCACGAGCCAAGCUUGAGCCAGGACAGCGAGAGCGAGGCCCAGUCAGAAGAUUCCGCCAGACCACCCUCUCCACCCCAGGCCAGGUCCGCACACAGCCCCAGGGAACAACCCAGACGGGCCUCUGGCCAGAGCCCAGACCGUGCCAGGCACUCAGGGUCCCAGCACAGACAGCCGGCCGGGCAUGAGCAUCAGGAAGACCCUCGGGGACAGCCCGGAUCCGGCAGGAGACAACACCAGGGCAGCCGGCCCAGGGAGGAAGCAGACAGCCCCAGGCAGGCCGGUGCUGGACACAGACACAGCGCCCCAGAGCCCAGGCAGCCCAGGCGUCGGGCACCCAGCGAGAGUCAGGCCAGUGACAGCGAGGGACACUCAGAAGGACCCUCCCAGGGUCGCCACCAGCAGGACCCCCACGCCCAGUCCGAAGAGAGGCCAGGACACUCUGGCGCCUACGUGUACCACACUUACUACGAUGAGCACAGCGACUCGGCCCCCAGACAGCGCCGCUCGGGCGCUCCAGCAGCCCAGGAAUCUCACCGAGAGCAGGCCAGGGACAGCUCCAGACCACGGGCCUCACAGGAAAGUCACAGCUCCGCUGGCAGACAGGCCGAGUCCUCCGGAAGGAGGUCCCGGCAGGCCGCUCAGGCAGGUCACGCGUCCCACCACGAGCAGGCCCAGGACAGCGAGGGUCCCUCAGGGUCCCGCCAACACCACGAUGGCCGCCAGGCACGCUCCGAAUCCGCUCAGGGUCACUCAGGAUCCAGAGGGGCAAGCGCACCCAGGUCAGGCCGGGAGCAGUCCAGAGACAGUGCCCGGCGCCCCGCCUCUCGCCACGGAGAGGCCUCCGCUGACAGACAGCCUGGCUCCAGCCAGCGGCAGCCAAGGGAAAGCUCGAGGAGACCAGGAGAAUCCCGCCACCCUGAACCAUCAGCAGACCGUGCCAGACACCCACAGGCUCAUCAUGAGCAGUCCCCACCCCGCCCCCACCGACACCACGAGCCAAGCUUGAGCCAGGACAGCGAGAGCGAGGCCCAGUCAGAAGAUUCCGCCAGACCACCCUCUCCACCCCAGGCCAGGUCCGCACACAGCCCCAGGGAACAACCCAGACGGGCCUCUGGCCAGAGCCCAGACCGUGCCAGGCACUCAGGGUCCCAGCACAGACAGCCGGCCGGGCAUGAGCAUCAGGAAGACCCUUGGGGACAGCCCGGAUCCGGCAGGAGACAACACCAGGGCAGCCGGCCCAGGGAGGAAGCAGACAGCCCCAGGCAGGCCGGUGCUGGACACAGACACAGCGCCCCAGAGCCCAGGCAGCCCAGGCGUCGGGCACCCAGCGAGAGUCAGGCCAGUGACAGCGAGGGACACUCAGAAGGACCCUCCCAGGGUCGCCACCAGCAGGACCCCCACGCCCAGUCCGAAGAGAGGCCAGGACACUCCGGCGCCUACGUGUACCACACUUACUACGAUGAGCACAGCGACUCGGCCCCCAGACAGCGCCGAUCGGGCGCUCCAGCAGCCCAGGAAUCUCACCGAGAGCAGGCCAGGGACAGCUCCAGACCACGGGCCUCACAGGAAAGUCACAGCUCCGCUGGCAGACAGGCCGAGUCCUCCGGAAGGAGGUCCCGGCAGGCCGCUCAGGCAGGUCACGCAUCGCACCACGAGCAGGCCCAGGACAGCGAGGGUCCCUCAGGGUCCCGCCAACACCACGAUGGCCGCCAGGCACGCUCCGAAUCCCCUCAGGGUCACUCAGGAUCCAGAGGGGCAAGCGCACCCAGGUCAGGCCGGGAGCAGUCCAGAGACAGUGCCCGGCGCCCCGCCUCUCGCCACGGAGAGGCCUCCGCUGACAGACAGCCUGGCUCCAGCCAGCGGCAGCCAAGGGAAAGCUCCAGGAGACCAGGAGAAUCCCGCCACCCUGAACCAUCAGCAGACCGUGCCAGACACCCACAGGCUCAUCAUGAGCAGUCCCCACCCCGCCCCCACCGACACCACGAGCCAAGCUUGAGCCAGGACAGCGAGAGCGAGGCCCAGUCAGAAGAUUCCGCCAGACCACCCUCUCCACCCCAGGCCAGGUCCGCACACAGCCCCAGGGAACAACCCAGACGGGCCUCUGGCCAGAGCCCAGACCGUGCCAGGCACUCAGGGUCCCAGCACAGACAGCCGGCCGGGCAUGAGCAUCAGGAAGACCCUCGGGGACAGCCCGGAUCCGGCAGGAGACAACACCAGGGCAGCCGGCCCAGGGAGGAAGCAGACAGCCCCAGGCAGGCCGGUGCUGGACACAGACACAGCGCCCCAGAGCCCAGGCAGCCCAGGCGUCGGGCACCCAGCGAGAGUCAGGCCAGUGACAGCGAGGGACACUCAGAAGGACCCUUCCAGGGUCGCCACCAGCAGGGCCCCCACGCCCAGUCCGAAGAGAGGCCAGGACACUCCGGCGCCUACGUGUACCACACUUACUACGAUGAGCACAGCGACUCGGCCCCCAGACAGCGCCGCUCGGGCGCUCCAGCAGCCCAGGAAUCUCACCGAGAGCAGGCCAGGGACAGCUCCAGCCCACGGGCCUCACAGGAAAGUCACAGCUCCGCUGGCAGACAGGCCGAGUCCUCCGGAAGGAGGUCCCGGCAGGCCGCUCAGGCAGGUCACGCAUCGCACCACGAGCAGGCCCAGGACAGCGAGGGUCCCUCAGGGUCCCGCCAACACCACGAUGGCCGCCAGGCACGCUCCGAAUCCCCUCAGGGUCACUCAGGAUCCAGAGGGGCAAGCGCACCCAGGUCAGGCCGGGAGCAGUCCAGAGACAGUGCCCGGCGCCCCGCCUCUCGCCACGGAGAGGCCUCCGCUGACAGACAGCCUGGCUCCAGCCAGCGGCAGCCAAGGGAAAGCUCCAGGAGACCAGGAGAAUCCCGCCACCCUGAACCAUCAGCAGACCGUGCCAGACACCCACAGGCUCAUCAUGAGCAGUCCCCACCCCGCCCCCACCGACACCACGAGCCAAGCUUGAGCCAGGACAGCGAGAGCGAGGCCCAGUCAGAAGAUUCCGCCAGACCACCCUCUCCACCCCAGGCCAGGUCCGCACACAGCCCCAGGGAACAACCCAGACGGGCCUCUGGCCAGAGCCCAGACCGUGCCAGGCACUCAGGGUCCCAGCACAGACAGCCGGCCGGGCAUGAGCAUCAGGAAGACCCUCGGGGACAGCCCGGAUCCGGCAGGAGACAACACCAGGGCAGCCGGCCCAGGGAGGAAGCAGACAGCCCCAGGCAGGCCGGUGCUGGACACAGACACAGCGCCCCAGAGCCCAGGCAGCCCAGGCGUCGGGCACCCAGCGAGAGUCAGGCCAGUGACAGCGAGGGACACUCAGAAGGACCCUCCCAGGGUCGCCACCAGCAGGGCCCCCACGCCCAGUCCGAAGAGAGGCCAGGACACUCCGGCGCCUACGUGUACCACACUUACUACGAUGAGCACAGCGACUCGGCCCCCAGGCAGCGCCGCUCGGGCGCUCCAGCAGCCCAGGAAUCUCACCGAGAGCAGGCCAGGGACAGCUCCAGACCACGGGCCUCACAGGAAAGUCACAGCUCCGCUGGCAGACAGGCCGAGUCCUCCGGAAGGAGGUCCCGGCAGGCCGCUCAGGCAGGUCACGCGUCCCACCACGAGCAGGCCCAGGACAGCGAGGGUCCCUCAGGGUCCCGCCAACACCACGAUGGCCGCCAGGCACGCUCCGAAUCCCCUCAGGGUCACUCAGGAUCCAGAGGGGCAAGCGCACCCAGGUCAGGCCGGGAGCAGUCCAGAGACAGUGCCCGGCGCCCCGCCUCUCGCCACGGAGAGGCCUCCGCUGACAGACAGCCUGGCUCCAGCCAGCGGCAGCCAAGGGAAAGCUCCAGGAGACCAGGAGAAUCCCGCCACCCUGAACCAUCAGCAGACCGUGCCAGACACCCACAGGCUCAUCAUGAGCAGUCCCCACCCCGCCCCCACCGACACCACCAGCCAAGCUUGAGCCAGGACAGCGAGAGCGAGGCCCAGUCAGAAGAUUCCGCCAGACCACCCUCUCCACCCCAGGCCAGGUCCGCACACAGCCCCAGGGAACAACCCAGACGGGCCUCUGGCCAGAGCCCAGACCGUGCCAGGCACUCAGGGUCCCAGCACAGACAGCCGGCCGGGCAUGAGCAUCAGGAAGACCCUCGGGGACAGCCCGGAUCCGGCAGGAGACAACACCAGGGCAGCCGGCCCAGGGAGGAAGCAGACAGCCCCAGGCAGGCCGGUGCUGGACACAGACACAGCCCCCCAGAGCCCAGGCAGCCCAGGCGUCGGGCACCCAGCGAGAGUCAGGCCAGUGACAGCGAGGGACACUCAGAAGGACCCUCCCAGGGUCGCCACCAGCAGGGCCCCCACUCCCAGUCCGAAGGGAGGCCAGGACACUCCGGCGCCUACGUGUACCACACUUACUACGAUGAGCACAGCGACUCAGCCCCCAGACAGCGCCGCUCGGGCGCUCCAGCAGCCCAGGAAUCUCACCGAGAGCAGGCCAGGGACAGCUCCAGACCACGGGCCUCACAGGAAAGUCACAGCUCCGAGGGCAGACAGGCCGAGUCCUCCGGAAGGAGGUCCCGGCAGGCCGCUCAGGCAGGUCACGCGUCCCACCACGAGCAGGCUCAGGACAGCGAGGGUCCCUCAGGGUCCCGCCAACACCUGGACGGCCGCCAUGCACGCUCCGAAUCCCCUCAGGGUCACUCAGGAUCCAGAGGGGCAAGCGCACCCAGGUCUGCCGAGAGUAGGUCUAGAGAUAAUGACCUCAAUAACCCAUCCCAUCCUGAGGUAAAUGCACCCUUCUCUGCAGGUGUCAAUCAUGAUAGUGAAAAUGGUCUUUCUUCUCAUUCUUCAGUUGUGCAACCUUUGUCUAGUUCUGGAGGUCACUUUCUUAAUAUCCGUGGUCAGUCAGCCCGCUGCUUACCCAGUGGGACCAAAUCCACACCCACUUCCAGCACGCAGCAGCAGCAAGAGGGAGAGAAAUGCGCCAGAGGGCAGCAAGCAGAGCGGGAAAGCUCCCGAGAACCAGAGGAAGCAUGGCCAGAGCACACCAGAAAUAAAGCUUGCCAGAGGAAAGUAAGGUCAAAGGGGCCAUCUUUGAAAAGGGCAAAGUUGCCGGGAGUAGCAAGCCUCAGCUCCACCCAGGGGAAGGAGUCCCUGCCCAGACAAGAGGAACCUCUGACCUGCCAGCGGCCCUGCAACACCAGGAAACACAACAGGAAGCCUGACUCCAGGCCGUCAUCACUGCAGCUACCGCUGAGACAGCAACAGACUGGUUUCCCAGUCAAACAUUGUCCACCAGUAUCUGGGGGCACCCAGCCUCUACCCACAAACCCCAGCGAACGACACAGCCAGCCCCGCCCAGAAGGGAGGAACUUCCCUGCAGGCAGAUCCAUCAGUCCAGCCAGAGCCCUUCAGCAUCCCCUAGGUCACACCCAGGGCUUCCCAGGCAGUUCCGGCGUCUGA